UGACGUAUGAGCACUUCCUUUUUGAUUCAGCAGAAGUUGUUGUUCUUAAAAUGGCGCCGUUAGACUUGGAUAAAUAUGUCGAGAUUGCUCGGCAGUGCAAAUAUCUCCCAGAGAACGAUUUAAAGAGAUUGUGUGAUUAUGUAUGUGACCUUUUACUAGAGGAAUCAAAUGUACAGCCCGUAUCCACUCCGGUAACUGUAUGUGGAGACAUCCAUGGACAGUUUUAUGACCUAUGUGAACUCUUCAGAACCGGAGGGCAGGUUCCAGACACAAACUAUAUAUUUAUGGGAGAUUUUGUGGACAGAGGUUACUAUAGUUUGGAGACCUUCACAUAUCUGCUAGCGUUAAAAGCCAAGUGGCCAGACCGCAUCACACUGCUGCGGGGCAACCACGAGAGCAGGCAGAUCACACAGGUGUACGGAUUCUACGAUGAGUGCCAAACUAAGUAUGGAAAUGCAAAUGCAUGGCGAUACUGCACAAAGGUGUUUGACAUGCUGACAGUGGCAGCUUUGAUAGAUGAGCAGAUUCUCUGUGUGCAUGGAGGCCUCUCCCCCGACAUCAAGACCCUUGACCAGAUACGCACCAUAGAGCGCAACCAGGAGAUUCCCCACAAGGGGGCGUUCUGUGACCUGGUGUGGUCCGACCCAGAGGAUGUGGACACCUGGGCCAUCAGCCCCAGAGGUGCUGGCUGGCUGUUUGGUGCCAAAGUCACCAAUGAGUUUGUUCACAUCAACAACCUAAAGCUGAUCUGUCGAGCUCAUCAGCUGGUCCACGAGGGCUACAAGUUCAUGUUUGACGAGAAGCUGGUGACCGUGUGGUCGGCCCCCAACUACUGCUACCGCUGCGGCAACAUCGCCUCCAUCAUGGUGUUCAAGGACGUCAACACGAGAGAGCCCAAGCUGUUCCGUGCGGUGCCCGACUCGGAGAGGGUCAUACCACCCAGAACAACGACCCCUUACUUCCUCUGAGCACACGAGUCAUGGUUCCUCCCCGCCGUGUCCAUCCUUCCUACAACCACCAGUUCUUCUGCUUUUCUCCUUUUUUUUUUUUUUUCUAUCAAAUAUUUUUAAGUGUUCAUCAUUCUCUUGAUUGAGCUUAAUUGUAUCGCCCUUUAUCUUCCUCACCUCUGUUACGUGUGUGGCGGAAGGUAUGGAUUUAGUGACUUUUCCUGUAGGUAGAAAUCACAUUUUACAUGCCCAUAUACAUACCAUAUGAAAUGCCUCUUAUACUGUAAGAUAAAGUUGGUGCAGAGCAUCCCCCCCGUAUAUGAGAGGUUAAGUGCUCUAGAAGUCAUGACUUCAGUGAAUACCUAAAUCCAACCACAUUUUAUAAUGUGACUUGAUAAGUGAUAUAAAUAAUGAUUUGUAAAUGGAGAACUGGACAUUGAUCUGGUCAAAUCCUUAUUUGGCCUUUGGGUUGUUUUUCUUUUCUUUCUUUUUUUCUUUUUUUUGAUGUCUUACUACAUUGGUAUGUCUUUGAGUGAGAUACUGCAGCAGAGUACCAUACUGGACGACAAAAUGAAGAGAGGCACUUGGAACACCCCAGCCAAAGGUUUGGUUGUGUCAACACAUGUCCAUUACAGGGGAAUUCCAAACUCUCUUUUUUUGGUAGUGCAGUACUAUCUCCAUUUUAUUUUCUCAAAAUCAGACACACUCUUGUGUGUCGGUGGACUCUCUUGUUGCUUUACUGAAAAUAGAACAGGGUUGUCAGGUAGGAGGGCGAACAGUCUCGGGGAAGGAAGGCAGUGAUUAUUUUGUACAUUGAAAUAAUUGUAUUGAUUUUUCUUUUUUCGCAGAUUUAUUGUAUUUUAUUAUUGUAGAGACUGCAACCCACCUACCAUUAAAUAUUGAAAUAAAAAACGCCUUUAUUAUUAACUUAA